AUGGAUAAAAAAAGAUCGGAAUUAAAAAGUUUAUCCCAUCCUUUUCCAUUAAAAUUAUAAAAAAAUAUUAGAAGAAAAAACUAAUUUAAGUAAAAUUAAUUAUAAAAAAACUAAUAAUAAUAGAAUUAAAAAGGAGGUAUAUAAAAAUUAUAUAUAUCUUCGAUUUUUAAAUAAAAUUAUUAUAAAUUUUACAAAGAUAAUGUCUAAAAUGAUGAUUUAGAUUUCAUUAAAAUUUUAAAAUUUAGAAUACGUGUUGAACAAUUAUUAAAUUCAAAAUAUGGUGGAUAUAUUGAAUUAAUAAGUUCUUUAUUAAGCUUAUUUUCAUCUGUAUUAUAUAUUAUAAGUACAUAUCUAGAUGAAAUUUCUUGGAUGAAUUAAAUAGAUGUAGUUGUAAUGAUUUUAUUUGGUUUUGAAUAUCUUCUAAAAUUUUACGUGUCACAGCAUAGAAUUCAUUAUUUAUUCGAGAUUUGGUCAAUGAUAGAUUUAGCUUGCAUUAUUCCAGUUUUUUUUAUUUUUACAUAAUCUACAUCUGAUUAAAGUUUUUAAACCUUUUUAAACAUAACAAGGAUUUUUCGUUUGCUAAGAGUAGUAAGAUAUAUUUAAAAAAAUUAUAAGGCUGGUGAUAGUGAGUUUAAAGGAGUAUAUAAGUAAAUUAAAAUAAAAUAAAUUUAUUAUAAUUACAUAAAAAAAAGGUAAAUUUACAUAAUAUUUCUUACAAUAUUAUCAGUAGUAAUAAUAACUGCAGGAACUCUUUUAUCAUUCGAAGCUCCUAAUAGAUUAGAAUAAAUAAAAAGAAAUAAUAAUUUUAAUCCAUUAAUUUAAAAAUGCUCAACAUAAAGAAUAAACAAAGCGACUUUUCAUGAAAUGAUAUAUUUCGUAGUAGUAUCAAUUUCCACAGUUGGAUAUGGAGAUGUUGUUCCUUAUACAGAAUUAGGAAGGGUAACUGUUAUGUUCUUAAUUAUCAUUAUUAUUAUUAUAAUACCAUAACAAACAAACGAAUUAAUAAGAUUAAUUGGAUUAUAGUCUGUUUAUGCUAGAACAAUAUACAAACCUAAUUCAGAUGUCCCUCAUAUUCUUAUAUGCGGACAUGUGGAUGUAUCUGCUUUAAGAUUUUUCUGUAAUGAAUUAUUUCACGAAGACCAUGGGAAUUAAGAUAAAAAUGCUAUUAUUUUGUAAACAUCAGUCCCAAAUAAUGAAAUGGAAUUGUUUUUACAUAAUUAAUAAUUUGAACAUAAUUUAACAUAUUUAUAAGGAAAUCCAUCUUAAGAAAGAGAUUUAAAAAGAGCAGCAGCAACUAAAGCAAAAGCAUGUGUUAUUUUGAUAAAUAAAUAUUCUAAUGAUUCUAUGAAUUCUGAUAAUAGAAAUAUUUUAAUGGGUUUAGCUAUUAAAAAAAUAGUUAACCAUAUUACUAGAGGUGAAAGCAAUAUUAAUUUAUGCUUAUAAUUAAUUAAACCUGAGAGUAAAAUACAUUAUUUAUCUGCUCUUAAUUAAAAAUCAAAUGAUUAGCUUAUUGUUAUAGAAGAAAUUAAAAUGAAUCUUCUGGCUAAAUCUUGUUUUUGCCCUGGUAUUAUUAGUCUUAUAGGAAAUUUAAUUUAAAGUGCAGGAAAAGCAGAAAUAAAAGAAAUGAAAAAAGAUUGGAUUUAAGAAUAUAUUGAUGGAACAGGACAUGAAAUUUAUCGAACAACACUUUCUACGGCAUUCAGCAGCUGGACUUUAUCUGCUAUUGCGGCAAAAAUAUAUAAGGAAUUUUAAGGAAUAUUAUUUGCAAUAGAAAUAGAUAUAGAUGGCUAAACGAUUAUAAGGCUAAACCCAGGGUCUUUUAUAGUAAAAAAUACUCCUGAAAGUAAUGUUUAUGUAUACAUAAUAUGUUAAGAUAAAACAGUUGCAGAUAAAGUUUCUAAUUAUUCAAUGAGUACUGAAGAUGUUUUGGAAUUUAAUUAAAAAAAAAUCACACAUUAAAAAAAAGACAAAGCAGAAAAUUAGUCUGAUUAAAAAGACGAUCUUUUUUAGUUUCCUAAAUAAAAUAUGUUCCAAGAUUUUGAAAUGAUUGAAAAAGAUUAUGUUUUAUUAAAUGAACCUGUUAGUUUAAUGUAAGCAACUGAAUAUUCUACUAAUGUUAAAAAUCAUAUAGUUUUAUGUGGGAGUCAUCCUUCAAUUUACUAUUUUAUAUUACCACUUCGUGCUAAAUAUUUAAAAGAAUUUCAACAUAUAGUAAUUUUAAGUGAUCAUAAACCUACUAAAAUUUGGGAUUCAAUAUCACGUUUUCCAAAAAUAAUAUAUAUUCAUGGUUCACCUUUAGUAAAAUAAGAUCUGAUUAAUGCUAAUAUAGGUUAGGCGGAUAAAGCAGUAAUUUUAGGCUAAGAAAUGGCUUCUGAUUCAAAUAAAAAUUAAACACUUGACGAAAUGCUAGAUGCUGAAUCAAUAUUCAUAUAUAAAGCGAUUCAGAAAAUAAACAAUAAAGUAUAAAUAAUGAUUGAACUUGUUUAUCCAUCAAAUAUAGAAUUCUUGUUACCAAAAGAUGUGAGUUACGGUAAGAAUUUUAAAUCUGAACUUACUCCACUAUAUUCAGCAGGUGAAGUUUAUAUUUCAACAAUUAUAGAUACCCUAACUUGUUAAACAUAUUAUAAUCCUCAUAUUCUUACAAUAUUAUAAUAAAUUCUAACUGGAGGCAGUAUUUCAUAAGAAAAGCUUUCAAAUAAUAAUGAAAUAUUAAAUUUAAAAUAAAGUAACUUAUGGUAAAUCAGUGUGCCUGAAGAUUACUAAAAUAAAACAUUUGGUGAAUUAUUUGAAUAUUUAAGUUAAUAAAGAGACUUAAUUGCUUUAGGACUUUAUAGAACAUCUGGUGCUGUUGAUAAUAUUCAUCCUUAUACUUACACAAACCCACCCGAAAAUGUUAAUAUUUAUAUUAAUAUUAUUUAUAUAUUAAAUUUUUAUAAAGUUAAAACUUACUUCUAAAGAUAAAGUAUUUGUAUUAUCAUAUAAUAUACCUAAUGA